AUCUCCAGCACUGACCAGCAAUGCCAUCAGCUAUGGAGGGCUCGGAGGGGGGAGAAGAAGGGGAAAUCCUGCGCUAUGAGGAAACAGAAGAUGACAAUGUCAGUCCCACCGACCUUUCAGAGCUGCUGAAGGAGGGGACUAAGGAAUCCCACGACCGUGCGGAGAACACUCAGUUUGUCAAAGACUUCCUGAAAGGACGGAUCAAGAAGGAGCUCUUCAAGCUGGCCACCGUGGCACUUUACUUCACGUACUCUGCGCUGGAAGAGGAAAUGGAUCGCAACAAGGACAACCCAGUCUUUGCUCCUCUGUAUUUCCCCCUAGAGCUUCACCGGAGAGAAGCAUUGGUCAAAGACCUGAAAUAUUUCUAUGGAGAAGACUGGAAGGAGAAGAUCCAGUGUUCAGAGGCAACUCAGCACUAUGUGGACAGAAUCCAUCACGUGGGACAGCACGAGCCAGAGCUGCUAGUGGCUCACGCUUACACACGCUACAUGGGGGACCUCUCAGGUGGCCAAGUGCUAAAGAAGGUAGCCCAGAGGGCCCUGAAGUUACCCACUACUGAGGAAGGGAUCCAAUUCUACAUGUUUGACAACAUUUCCAACGCGCAGCAGUUCAAGCAGCUCUACAGAGCGAGGAUGAAUGCGCUGGAGUUGGACAAGAACACCAAGGAAAGGAUCGUGGAAGAGGCCAACCGAGCCUUCAGAUUUAACAUGCAGGUAUUUGAUGAACUGGAUAAGCUUGGCAGGUCGCUGACAGAAGAAGCCCAAGACGGAGGCUUUCCAGUCCACGGUGGAAAAGGAGACCUACGCAAAUGCCCUUACUAUGCAGACAAACUGGCAGGCAAGGCAGGGCCCGGCUGCCCCUAUCAAGCUGCCGCGGCCCUGGCAAAGCAGCCCCUAGUGCAGCUGAUCCUGGCGGCCUGCGUCGCUGUGGCAGCAGGAGCUGCAGCGUGGUACCUCAUGUGAUGCGGAGAGCGGCGCGUGGCUCUAAAUGGUGGCGAGGGGAGAGACGCGCCCCGUCCUUCUUCAAACUGUUCCCUUGCUGGUGGUGAGUUGACUGCAGGGUAGAAGUAAGAAAAUAAACAAGAAUCCUGCGGGACUGUCAAAGACUCUUGCACACCAGUAAUGCAAGCACUGUAAUGUAAUGUCUUUAGCUGACUAGCGUACAGGACUGAUCCGCUGUGAGGAUUCCACUUCAGCACUGCCCUACCCAGGCUGGGGCAGCUUUUAAGUCUAGAGAUGUCUUGUCCUGUACUGGCAAAGGCUUCACAUGCUUGGCUUUUCAUCUCCUUCCCGGGGAGCAGUCGCUGGAGACAGUUUCCUGCCCUGGGCUGCGACCCUAGAAGGUGUCAUCGGUCUUCUCAGUCAAGAGCACUCGCUUUCCUACCCUGAGAAACUGAUGUGUCAGUCGUGCUCCAGUGGCUGUGCCAUGGGGCCGUUAGCUGGAAGUGGGGUGUCCUGGGGCACCAAGCCU